GUCACUGUCGAAGAAUGCCGCAACCAAAUCAAAGCGCACAAAUUAUUGGAUCCAUCUGUCGUUGUGGUUCCUAAAGUGUACCGUUGCUUUUCGCACAACGAGAACAUUUAUCUAGUCAUGCAGAGGAUACACGGAGAAAUCAGAGACAAGAUUGAGGAUUUGCAGAGUGUGAAGCGUGUAGCUGAUAUCAUUCGCCACCUUCAAACACACAAAAGCAGCAUACCUGGUCCGUUGGAAGGUGGUACUUCACGCGGCCUGUGGUGGGAGGAAGAGCCUGUGGAUCUCAAAGGCGAAGUGGCAAGAUUCGAGAAGUAUAUCCAGAAUAGAUUGGUAGGCAAGCAGCAAGGCUGGACCGUGGAAUUGGGCGAAUUUGUCUUGAACCACAACGACAUUGCGCCGAGAAAUCUCGUCUGGAUGCCUGAUGGAAGGAUCUCUCUCAUCGACUGGGCUCAUGCUGGUUUCUAUCCUUGGGUCUUGGAGUUGGCUGUUCUGGAAUUC